GCCGUUCGCGCUUAUGGAGGACGAGGACUGCCCGGACCUGGUCCCCAUCGGCGCCGGCGGCGCGGAGCUGGCCGAUGCCGGCCCCGACAGGAAGAUCCCCGUGACGAUCAUCACGGGGUACUUGGGAGCUGGAAAAACAACUCUUCUAAAUUACAUACUGACAGAACAGCAUAAUAAAAGAAUAGCAGUUAUUCUGAAUGAAUUUGGAGAAGGAAGUGCCUUGGAGAAAUCACUGGCAAUCAGUCAAGGGGGAGAACUCUAUGAAGAAUGGCUGGAGCUCAGAAAUGGCUGCUUGUGCUGUUCAGUAAAGGACAAUGGUGUGAAAGCAAUUGAGAACCUGAUGCAAAGGAGAGGAAAAUUUGACUAUAUAUUGUUAGAAACAACUGGUUUGGCAGAUCCAGGAGCUGUGGCCUCCAUGUUUUGGGUUGAUUCUGAGCUGGGAAGUGACAUCUAUCUUGAUGGUAUUGUGUCAGUUGUUGAUGCAAAGCAUGGAUUGCAGCACUUGACAGAGGAGAAACCAGAAGGCCUUAUUAAUGAAGCAUCUCGGCAAGUUGCAUUAGCUGAUCUUAUAAUCAUCAAUAAAACAGAUUUGGUUUCAGAAGAAGAAUUGAAUAAAGUCAGAACGUCUGUGAGGUCAAUAAAUGGACUUGUUAAAAUUCUAGAGACGCAAAGAUCAAGAGUUGAUCUCUCUAAUGUAUUGGACCUACAUGCUUUUGACAGUUUAUCUGGAGUGAGUUUGCAGAAAAAGCUUGAGCAUGUAAAGACAACACAUGCACAUCUAGAUAAGGCUAUAAUUACAGUAACAUUUGAAGUUCCAGGAAAUAUAAAAGAAGAAAACUUAAAUCUCUUUAUUCAGAGUCUUCUGUGGGAGAAGAAUGUGAAAGAUAAGACUGGAUGCACCAUGGAUGUCAUAAGACUGAAGGGACUGGUAUCUAUUCAAGGCAAAUCUCAUCAAGUGAUAGUGCAAGGUGUGCAUGAGCUCUAUGACCUAGAAGAGACUUCAGUAGCCUGGAAAGAAGAUGAAAAGAGAACAAACAGGCUGGUCCUAAUUGGCAGGAACCUGGAUAAGGAGAUAAUCAAAGAAGUAUUCAUAGCCACUGUGAGAGAAGAACGAGGAAACAGUUGACAUAAAGCUAUAAAAAAGAUUAAAUGUCUGUUUUAAUACUGCGAGGAUUUUAUGGCAGAGAAGACUGAAUGGCAUGGACUAUAGUAGUUUCUAUAUCCUCUUGCAGUUUAUGCAACAGUUGAACCCUGAAGUCUUCCUAAGAAUUCCAGCUAACCUACUGCUUUAAGAUUAGCUCUUAUGGUCUAGAAUCAAACACAAUUCUCCUAUUUUAGAUUUGGCUGAAGCUGUGUCAGCAACAUCAUGGAACUGUGCAGAAAUGGAGACAGGCAAAAGGCUGUUAUGUUCUACGUGAAACGUUACUGUGGGGAUAUGGGGAACGUGUUUGAAGCCUAGUGCUUUCUCUUGCUAACUCUCUUCCACUGGGAAUGAUGCAAUAGUGAUUAUUGCCAGUGAUAUAAUCACAGUACAAAAUGUUUAGUGUUUACUAUUAAACUGUCUUCCAUCUCUUUCCA